UUUACAUAAGUUAGUAAAAAAAAAAGAACUUGAAUACUGAAAGCCCAAAAUCACAUUCACCCGCGGACUUUUUUGCUGCAAUCAAAUCGGUGUGCUGUGUGCAUAUUGCUUCAUUCUCCGAAAUUUUCCCUUCCCGCCGUAAAUGGAGUUGCCAUUGACAAGAUUCGGGCGUCCGAGAGAAGCAGAUGGAUCUUCUAGCCCCAAUCUCUACGUUGCGAACUGUGGACCGGCCGUCGGAAUCACCCACGCCUCAAUUUCGGAGGUUUUCGGCCAAUUUGGGGAUGUGAAAGCUGUGCACGCCGCCGACGAGAGCGGCGCCCGCGUCAUUGUAUGUUUUUCCGACGAGUUCAGUGCUCGAGCCGCUCUAGAGGCCUUACACGGACGCCCUUGUUCUCUCCUCGGUGGCCGGACUUUGCACAUACGCUAUUCCAUCAUCAGACCGACCGUUUCGCCGCUCAAUGACUCAGUUUCGGUAUCUUUAUCGGCUUCGGAGUUGGACAUUCCCGGACUUUACUUAUUGCACGAUUUCGUCACUGCUAGAGAAGAGGAGGAAUUGCUUCUGGAAGUUGAUGCUAGGCCUUGGAAUUGUCUGGCCAAACGAAGGGUUCAGCAUUAUGGGUAUGAGUUUUGUUAUCAAACGAGAAAUGUUAAUACUAGACUAAAGUUGGGUCCACUUCCUUCAUUUGUCUCCCACAUACUUGAAAGGAUCUCCAUGUUUCCAAACACUGAGGAUGCUGCAGAUGCUGCUCUUGACCAAUUGACGGUUAAUGAAUACCCACCAGGGGUGGGUUUGUCCCCUCAUAUAGACACCCAUUCUGCAUUUGAGGGAUUAAUUUUCAGCCUUUCCUUAGCAGGGCCAUGCAUUAUGGAGUUCAGGAGGUAUCCUGAAGGCGUUUGGCACAAAUGCCCUUCAAGUAUAGAACCCGAAAAUUCGGUGUACGACUCUAGUUAUCUGAGGAGAGCGAUUUACCUUCCACCUCGGUCUAUGCUUCUACUGUCGGGAGAGGCACGCUACGCUUGGCAUCAUUACAUUCCUCACCACAAGAUUGACAUGGUGAAGGACAGUGCAAUUAGAAGGGGUCCAAGGAGAGUUUCUUUCACUUUUCGCAAGGUCAGUACAUUUAUUGCUUAUAUUCUUUCCCUCCCUCUCAUGCCUUUAGAGUCAACCAUAACUGCUUCUAUUAGUGAGUUUUAAUGCCCAAUCUCCUUUGAGAUUAACAUCUUCUUGCACAACCGAUAUAUUUUGGUCCUGAAGGAGGAGGAGGUGUUUUGGCUCAUAGAGGUUUUUGAAACUCAUCUCUUAGGAUAUACAAUAACUUCUAGGUUACAGAUCUACAAAUCAGACAUAGCCACACAGAGUAUAUAAACUUGGGCUUCGCUUUCAGCAUUUGUCUCUUUUUCAUUAUUUCAAUGAAAAGUUUCGUAAAAAAAAACAGAAGGAAAAGUUUUUCAGCUCUGGGCUGCACCUCAAACUUUUCAAACUCAAAUGUCUUUUAAAGGGAUUUUUCUUCUUUCCAUUGCCUUCUUUCUUCACCCUGAAUCUUUCUUUCGCCAUUUUCUUUCUUGCACCCGUGAUUACUUUCUCUAUGCACGGUUUUUUGAUUAUGCAAGUUUCACGCUUCACUCGGGCGAUACCUCUUGUCCCCUCUUUCUUGAGGGAUCAAGAGACUUCUUAUUUUGAAAUGCAUUUGAAAAUGCUUGUUUGGCCCUACUGCUUUAUAACAUUGAAGACUGUUGAUGCCUUGAUGAUAAUGGAACUGGAUGCAUUUGACUAGCGGUCAAUAAGUACAAGGUAAAUAGUAUAGGGUUUAUAGGAAUGGGUUCAGACUAUGGUAGCCACCUAAGAUUUAAUAUCCUAUGAGUUACCUUGACAACCAAAUAUAGUAGGGUCAGUAGUUGUCCCGUAACAUUAGUCGAUGUGUGUAAGCUGCCUCAGACACUCUCGAAAAUCUUAAUCCUUUGCCUUGAAAACUUGCAGAAUAUUGCAAAUAACUAUAUUUUUUAACAAAUUGCAACUCAUUUGCUUCGACUUGUAGUGACAAAAAAAUUCUAGUAUUUUCUAUGGUCUGAAAAUAUUUCAUCUUAUCUCACACACCUUUCCAUGAUAUAUAUAUCUAUAUAUAUAUA